AUGAUGAACACACAAACCUAUCCAACCGAAACUGCUGCUUCAGGUGCCGGUGGUCUCAAAUACGACAAUCGUUAUUAUGAACGUGAAGAGGCACAUCAUGCACGUGACCGUUUCUGGACAGGAUUCUUUCUCUCGUUGAUUCUAUUUUUCACAUUGAAUCCAUUGGCUUGUUUACCUUACAUGUUGGGAUGGCGUUACAGAAAAAGUGAUGUCCCACGUGCUAGAAAAUGGGGUCGUUUGAGUUGGCUCAUGUUUUGGGCCACAUUGGCUGCUGUCACUUGUCUAUGGUUGUGUGCCAUUAUUGUUAUUCCAAUUGCUGUGGGAACAACGGUUGGUAGAAGAGAUGCUGAAGCUGCAGCUGCCGCUGCUCGUCAACAACAACAAACACCUCCUUAA